GUGGACGUCGCCCCUGCCCGCCUCCCGCCGCCCCCCGCCCGCAGGCUCCCGAGCCUCAGCCGGCGCCGAGCAUCCCGCUGCCCCGGACCUUCCCGCGGGAGCGCACCGGGCUCAACUCAGGCUCAGGACUGCAGUUGGGCAUCUCCACUGCCUAGGAAUCAUUGCCUGCACGGACAGAACAGCCUCCUUGGAAAGCUGGCCCUCCCGGAGUUUCGUCUCGGCAUGGGCCUUGUCAUUGAAGCAACUCUGCUAUCUGCACUGGUCUGAGGGUGCUGCCCGUCAUGGGGGCAGCCAUCUCCCAGGGGGCUCUUAUUGCCAUCGUCUGCAACGGCCUCGUAGGCUUCUUGCUGCUGCUGCUUUGGGUCAUUCUCUGCUGGGCCUGCCAUUCUCGCUCUGCCGACGCCGAUUCUCUGUCUGAUUCUAGUCCUAACUCCAGCCCUGGCCCCUGUCCUGAGAAGGCACCACCACCCCAGAAACCUAGCCAUGAAGGCAGCUACUUGCUGCAACCCUGAAGGUCCCUUGGUCUACCCUGGAGCCUGGGACGUGAAUCUACCCCAUUCAGAGCCUGGAAUUAGGACUCCAGAGUUCAGCCAGCCUGGGGUCCAGAACUCUUGAGUCCAACCUGCUUGGAGCUGGACCCAGCCUGGCUUCAGGAGAUAGGUGGUCCUAGAUAGAUAGGCCCAGAGUGGGGGUUCAGGCGUUGGUGCUAGGGCCAGGGCCAUCUGGACUCUGCUCCAUCCCAAGGUCCAAGGGCUGGGUUUACCCUUUCCCUAAGCUCAGUGCCUCUGGGCCCUCUAGGUUGGGGAAGCAAACUGGAACCCAUGGCAAUAAUGGGAGGGUGUCCAGGCUGGGCCCCUCCUUUGGUCCUCCCACUGUUUGCUGGAUAAUAAAUGGAACUACGGCUCUAUCCUGAGAUUUUUUCUCC